GUGACGCGAAAAGUGGCCCCGUGAUAGCCCGCGACAAGAGGUAAAACUACAAUAACCAAGAUGAACCGGGUGAAACCACAACAAACGUGCAAAUGCCAACUAACAUUUUGCCUGAAAAUACUCGGCAUUUCAACCCUUCCUAAGGUAUGAGCUAAGGUGCUGUGUCCUGUAAGGCAGCAAUGGCGCCGGGGGAUGUGGUGCCAGAGCAUGCCAAGCAGCUCAAGCCCAAGGAGAAGCGCCUCGCUGCCGCCGCCCCCGCCAAACCGUCCAAAGUUGACUGCGAGUCAGACGGCUCCUUCGUGUUCGAGGCCCACGAGGCCUGGAAGGACUUCCACAACUCGCUGAGGCAUUUCUACGAAGUGGGAGAGCUCUGCGAUGUCACACUCAAGGUUGGCAGCAGGCUGAUACCAUGUCAUAAGCUUGUCUUGGCCUGUGUUAUCCCCUACUUCAGGGCCAUGUUUCUGUCUGAAAUGACAGAGGCCAAGCAGAAAUUGAUCGAGAUCAAGGACUUUGAUGGAGAUGCCAUCCAGGAUCUGGUCCACUUUGCUUACUCCUCCAAGCUCACGCUCACCGUAGACAAUGUCCAGCCUCUGCUUUAUGCUGCCUGCAUCCUUCAGGUGGAGCUGGUGGCGCGGGCGUGUUGUGAGUACAUGAAGGCCCACUUCCACCCCACCAAUUGCCUGGCGGUGCGCACCUUCGCCGAGAGCCACAACCGCGUGGACCUGAUGGACAUGGCCGACCGCUACGCCUGCGAGCACUUCAGCGAGGUGGUGGAGUGCGAGGACUUCACGUGCGUGUCGCCGCAGCACCUGCGCACGCUGCUGGCCUCCAGCGACCUCAACAUCCAGUCAGAGACGCAGGUAUACAGGGCGGCCGUCAAGUGGCUCAAAGCCAACCCGCAGCACCACCACGCCUGGCUGGACCACAUCUUCUCUCAGGUACGCCUGCCACUGCUCCCCGUGGACUUCCUGACCGGCACGGUGGCCAAGGACGAGAUGAUCAAAGGCAACCUGAGUUGCCGCGACCUGAUGGACGAGGCCCGGAACUACCACCUCCACCUCAGCAACAAGGCAGUGCCCGAAUUCGAGUACUCGGUCCGCACUGUGCCCCGAAAACACACCGCAGGAGUUCUGUUCUGCGUGGGUGGGCGUGGGGGCUCUGGUGACCCGUUUCGCAGCAUCGAGUGCUACUCCAUCAGUAAGAACAGUUGGUUCCUGGGCCCCGAGAUGAACAGCAGACGGCGGCACGUCGGCGUCAUUUCUGUAGGAGGGAAGGUUUACGCUGUGGGUGGGCACGACGGUAACGAGCACCUGGGAAACAUGGAGGUGUUUGACCCCCUCACCAACAAGUGGAUGAUGAAAGCCUCCAUGAACACCAAGAGGAGGGGCAUCGCCUUGGCCGCGCUGGCCGGUCCAAUCUACGCCAUCGGCGGUCUGGACGACAACUCGUGUUUCAACGACGUGGAGCGCUACGACAUCGAGCGAGACUGUUGGAGUGCCGUGGCCCGCAUGAACACGCCCAGAGGAGGCGUGGGCUCCGUGGCAUUGGGGGUAAGGUGUCACAUACGGUUGCACACGCAAUCCGUCCGAUCUCCUCACAGCUUUGUGUCGUCCCACUGCCAGAGUUUCGUUUAUGCGGUGGGCGGUAACGACGGCUUGGCGUCGCUGUCGAGCGUGGAGCGCUUCGACCCGCACCUCAACAAGUGGACCGAGGUGAACGAGAUGGGCCAGCGGCGCGCCGGGAACGGGGUCAGCAAGCUGAACGGCUGCCUCUACGUCGUCGGUGGUUUCGACGACAACUCGCCACUGAGCUCUGUGGAGCGUUUCGAUCCGCGAACAAACCGCUGGGAGUACGUGUCGGAGCUGACCACCCCGCGCGGUGGCGUGGGUGUCGCCACAGUGAUGAGCCGCGUGUUCGCUGUGGGCGGGCACAACGGCAACAUCUACCUGAACACGGUGGAGGCCUUUGAACCGCGCAUGAACAGGUGGGAGCUGGUCGGCUCCGUGUCGCACUGCCGAGCCGGAGCGGGCGUAGCUGUGUGCUCAUCUCAUGUAAGCCAGAUCAGAGAUGUCGGCCAGGGAUCCAGCAACGUUGUCAACUGCAUGUGACGGCGGAACAGAAAUGCACAAAUUAUCAUCUUCUGGUGCUCUUUACGCAUCACUCUUUCAUAGCCUUCCUUUUGUUCAUGUUACAACAACCGCCAUAUACGUCAGAAGAGCAUUUGAUCCAGCCUGCCGUGCAAUUGACCUUUUACUAAGUAACUGGGCCUCACACUGGUAGCCUAGUGUUGGAAUUUGGAGGAACGAGCUAACAGCAUAGCAUUAUUUUACAGACACAGCAUUCAAACAACAGCGUAACUUUUUCUAAAAUCUGUAUUCAUGUGGCUUAGUUUUUCAGCGCAGGAUAAACAUUUUCAAAAUUUCAGCAAAGCCAGUGUUCUGAAUUGUAACUAGGUUUUACGUUGGUCGCAUUGGGUUAGUAUUUUGGUUGCUGAGCUAACAUUCAUUAUUUUAUAGAUAAUACAUUCGGCUAGAACACUGGACAGCAGCAUAGCGUUUUAUAUUAUGCAUUUAUCUGGCUUAGUGUUGAGAAUAUACUUUUUUUUUUUUUUUUAAUGCUUCCCCAGUACUAUGGAAAGUAAGUAGGCCUUGUGUUGGUAGCAUAACUUAAGCAUUUUGGGCAACCACAUAGCUUUAUCCAUUGUCUCGUUAAUUUGGGAAUUGGUCUUAAUUUUGGGAACAGAAUAAAAGAAACAUUUCUACCAUUGUUAGUUUAACCAGCGAUAUGGAUAAAUAUACUAUUACUACGCCUCAGGUUGGUCGCAUAGCUUUAGCAUUUUGGAUGACGACAGCAGCAUAGCAUUAUUUUACAGACAUUGCAUUCAACUUUGUCCAUUUAGAACUACAUAGCUUUUUCCAGAGUCUGGUUUUCUCUGGUUUAAUUUUGUGAAUGGAAUAAAAGCAACAUUUCUAGCAUUGCUAUCUUAGCCAGUGCUCCAGAUAAUAACUAGACCUCACAUUGUUCACAUAGCUUUAGAUAAAUACUUUAUUAAUCCUGUUGGGAAAAUUCAGGCAUCUCACGGCUCACGAGCAUUUUGGUUAACAAGCUAACAACAUAGGAUUAUUUUACAAUCGUCAGUAAACCAGUGCAAUGCGUGUAGCUUUAUCAAGAGCCCAGAACUAUUGAACCGCUGUGAUUGGCCAGUCUCUGUUUACGGGGGUGUGGCUUAGUGAAAAGUAAAUUCUAAAAACAUGUAAAACCUCAGAGGAUGUUAUAAAAAGCCUAAAAAUAUUUCACCCACAAAUACUCAGAAUAUUUUUUUUCCUCAUACUUGUUUGCACCGACUUUUUUCAUAAAUGUAAUAUAUAAAAAAAAAAUUUUUUUUUUAAAGGGAAACUAGCUAAAAAAAUGAAAAAGUAGUCCAGUAUCAUAAUCUCGCUUCGGACUAGGUUCACAUGCCUUGGGUCCCAGGGUCAGUGAAUGCUACAGAAUUUAAAUUGCACCAGUCAUAAUCAUGCUUGAACAAUCAUGACUGACAAAUCAGUCAUCUGUCGGGGGAAAAAAUCCUGACACCUGUUUUUUUUGUUGUCUUUUUUUUUUUAUUGAAGCAAACUUAUUUGCCAUGUUAUGCAGAGAAACAUUCAAAUGUGUCAGGGAAUGCUUUGUGUGUUGUUUUUUGGUACGAUAGCUGGACUGUCAGAAAAGCUAAAUUACACAAUGUUCCUUGAAGGCGGUCCCUAUGUAUACAAAUAUAUUUUAAUAUAUUAUGGACGCUUUUCUAAUAUACAAAUAGCUGUAUUAGACUUCUAAUCCUUUGUUGUGCUAGAAUUUUCCAAUGAAUAAUAGAAUAGUUGUAUAUUUCACACUUUGUCACAGAGCAGCAUUUCUGGCUACAGAUGUUUUGUUCUUUGUGCAAUUUUGCUAAAUAGAACCAAUCUACAAGGCACUGAUACAAACGGCCUGAAUAUGGUAGUAGUUGUUUUGUUAGUUCUUUUGCAAUGUGCUUUUGUUGUAAUUGGUUCAAUAAAUUUGAGGAAAUUA